AUGGCGCGUCGGGCACCGGGCGCCCGUGGACGGGGGGCAGCAGCGGGUAGCUGGCUGACCGCAUGUUUUUUCCCAUCAUCCUCAGGACGGGAGAACAGGGAGGUCAUGCUGCCGGAGGACUGCAUGAACGUGUUUGUGGUGACAGCCAACUACAACAGACAGGAGAAAACGGAGAUCAGCCUGAAGGCAGGUCAACGAGUGGAGGUUAUUGAGAAGAAUGAGAGUGGCUGGUGGUUUGUGAGCACAGCAGAGGAGCAGGGAUGGGUUCCAGCCACGUAUCUGAUCUCUCCCUGUGGCACGCGAGAGAGCCUUAAAGCAUCCGGCUGUGGAGAGGAAGGGUGGUAUGAGGCGGUUCAGUCAUACUCCGGUACUGGUCAGGAUGAGAUCAGCUUUGAGAGUGGGGUAAUGGUCGAGGUCAUCCAGAAGAAUCUAGAGGGCUGGUGGUUUGUACGAUACCAAGGAAAAGAAGGAUGGGCUCCAGCCUCCUAUUUGAGGAAGGUAGAGAAAGAUGUUUGUGGAAGUGAACAGGCUGUUGCUGUGGAGACAGGUACACAGCCUAUGCUGGGCCAGGUGGAGAUCAUAGGGAACCUAAUGGAAAUCAGUAACCUGUUGAAUAAGAAGCCUGGGAAUGACAGACACACGCACUCUGACACGCUGCCACGUGCCACUGAAACCACCACCCAAGAGGACACAGAAACAGAGUUCAACUCAGAUGGCGAAUUCAACACCGAUGAAUGCAUUAACAACACAGACCCUGACAGAGACUCUUACACAAAUGCAAGCACUAACCAUACAACAGACACUAAUGGUAGCAGAGGCUCUAAUGCUGGCUCAGAUGCUGCUUCAGACUCAGGGAGGAGUGCAUGGUCUGUCACCGGCUCCAUCGCGUCAAGGGGGAAAACCUUACCUGCCUCUCCAGCUGUUGCCCGCGUUGCACCACAGAGAUACCACAGUGUGGAGAGUGGUAUCCCUACCCUUCGACAGAAGCCACCUCCACGUCGAGAGAACAGUCUGGGCUUCCAGCUGCCUCAGCCUCCAGAGCCCCCUAGUGUUGAGGCAGAGUACUACACCAUAGCAGAGUUCCACUCGUGCCUAUCAGAUGGCAUCAGUUUCAGUGGAGGACAGAAAGCUGAUGUGAUAGAGAAGAACUCAGGAGGAUGGUGGUAUGUCCAGAUUGGGGAAAAGGAGGGAUGGGCUCCUUGCUCAUACAUUGACAAGAGGAAAAAACCCACCCUGAAUCGACGAACUAGCACCCUUACACGUCCCAAAGUCCCUCCCCCUGCGCCACCAGUCAAAAAGCAAGAUUCAAAAGAGAGGGUUCGGCCCUCCAGCCUGGGAACAGAGGUUGCAGGAACUUACAGCCGACCUGUCUACGAGGAACCUGAGUAUGACGUUCCAUCUGUGGGCCUGGACUUGGACUGUGAGCUGGAGUUUCUGCCUGGAGACUCGUCAUCCAAAGCUUCACCCAGUUCCUCUCUCUAUAGUGCCUCCUUCACCACGGGAGAAGAGGAAGAGAGAUGGGGAGAUGAGGAAGAGGAGUGUAUUUACAUGAAUGAUGGGUUCAGGCCUGUUACUGAAAACCCAGAGUCUAGUGGAGACUCUGAUACACCCAAGACAGCAAACUCCACUAGACCUGGUGCAAACAGGUCUCAAAGUGAAUCUGAAGCUCCUAUCUCUGAGCCCAACCCCCAGGGGAAACCCAAACAGUACAGACCCAAACAUGCUGAGGGAGCCUGCUCAAAACCCAAACCUUCAGUGCGGCCCAAACCAGCCCUGACUAGAAGCUGCAGCACCGAACCGGAUUUCACUUCCCUCAGGAGACAGCUGAAGCCCACAGCACAGCAGCACCGCAGUGGCCCCAGGGUCUCCAGAGAGGAAGACUCAGAAACUGCUUCCAUCAUUUCAUCAGAGGACUCAUUGGGCUCCCGCAGUACCUCCACGGACCUCUCUAGCACCUCCAAGAGCAGUCGUGGCGAGACCACAGAAGCUCAGAGUAACCUCUAUCGCACCACAGCUGCCUAUCAGCGUGGGGAGUCCUCUGAGAUUAGUUUUCCUGCCAAUGUAGAGGUAGAGGUUCUAGAGAAACAGGAGAGUGGUUGGUGGUUCAUCCGUUGGGGGCUGGAGGAGGGCUGGGCACCCACAUACUACCUGCAGCCGAUCAAACAGCCCGAACCCGAGCACCCCAGACAGCGUGAUCCAGAGGCCAAUGGACAACCAUGUGAUGUCGCUGGCUCUGACUGGAACAACCACACUACUCAGGGCCAUGUGAGUAAAUCCAGUAGCCUGGAGAAGAAUGAACAGCGGGUUCAGACUCUGAAUAACAUUAACCAGAACCCGGAAGGUGCCAAAAGCCCUGCAGCCCACAACAAACCUCCAGAUCAACUGCAGUCAAAGAAUGCGGUGAAGCAGCUGGCUGUCAAACCACAGGCUGUCCUUACUUCUUCGCACAGUUAUACGGACACAGCUAACAGCACUGACUCACUGAGGAGGAAUGACUUACAGACUGCCAGGGAUGGCUUGUCUGGGAGCCUCAGACAUGCCUCAAACCACACUCAGACCAGCUCCACCAACACCAGCAAUACAGAGGGCUUGAGACGCACGGUCCCGGUCUCCAUGGUGAAACCUAAACCCCACCUCAUUCAUAAUAAUCUCCGGGAUGAGUAUGUUUCCAUAGCGGAUUACUGCGGCGAUGAAGAGACAAUGGGCUUCCCAGCGGGCACCAGACUGGAGGUUCUGGAGCGGAAUCCCAACGGGUGGUGGUACUGCCGGGUUCUGGAUGGCGGAAAGACUCGGAAAGGCUGGGUACCCUCCAAUUUCCUGGAGAGGAGGAGUUAA